UUCAGCUUUGUGGCUGUUCUUUCUUAGAAACUGCAGAAGUCGUUUCUCAGCGUUAGGAGAUGAGACUAGUGUAAUUGCGUCCUCUCUCUUCCAACCAUUAGGUGCAUUUAUUGCCUGCGUUCUAGGUGUGAUAAAGAAAAUGGCAGUCAAAUGUUCAUCACGACACCCAGCUAAAUCAGAUAUCAGGAACCAGCAAGAACUCCCGAUCAGUCAAAUGGAGAGCAAAUGGCUUGCGAUCAGUGAAAAUAAACGCAGUAUGAAGAUGUCUCUCCCAGCAAAAGUUCUAACUGAGGGAACAGCCAAACAGGAAAUGGAUAACAAUGGGCGUAGAUUUUCUUACAUUGCUCAGGCAACUGGUAUAGGAAAUCAGAAGCUCAUACCCAGUUGUGAGAAGCCACAAUUCAUAGCCACACCUAACAGUUACAGUAAUCGUGCAGAACGACUGAACUUGGAAAAUGUUCCAAACAAUGUGGCAAAAGUGGCUGAAGGGAAGCUUCCUCAGCCACAACAAAGCCCGGAGCUCAACAAAUAUCCCAGGAAAAAACGUAGGAGGAGAAAAUCCAAACAUAAGGUCAAAAUUUCACAAAAGCAAUCAAAGACCCCCGAGCAAGAAAGCUGUCCUCCAAUACCAAUUCAAGAAAAUGAUGCUGAAAACAGCACCUCCGAUUUUUGCAGCAGUACCUCGAGCAGCAGCAGCGGUUGUUGUGAGCAUGAACAGAUUCAUAUUAGAGAUUCUCAUGGAUUGUGUGAACUGCGUCUGCAGAACCGAAUGCGGGAUGUCGAAAAAAUUGAAAAUAUGUACUUGGAUAUCGAGCACGAGCACCUCAGUAACAGAGUUAAGAAGUCUAACGUUCGACCCAUUCCCUCCUCAAUCAUGAAAAAUGGCAGUGUCUCGCAUAACAUGACACAGAAUUUUGAGCGGAAAUUACAUAUGGACAUUACGCGGAUGCCUAAAUUGAACCACGUUGACGUGGAUGGGGGACAGGAAAAGCAAGAACGUUCCUUCAAUAAUAAUGCAGCCAUGCUCUAUAUCAAUGAUGUGGGAGGAGACACUGGAAUACGUAUUCCAGAUUCAAUAAGUGCAGAAGAGACCUCUCCACCACAGUUUUCUGUCUUCCAGUGCAGUGCAAGCAAGGGGUGUGUCAUCUCUGAUAACUUGAGGUGCUUGACAUUGCCAGCACUACAAUGGGAAAAAUACGCACAAGGGUGGCAACAAAGUGAAAAGCCUCCAGAAACCAAUGAAGGCGUUCUUCAACAUGAGAAACUGAAACCUGUAGAUAAUCAUUAUCAAGAAAACUUGCAGUGGUCAAUCCGCACCAAACCGUUGGGAGUUGGAACCUUUGGAGAGGUGUAUGUGGCAAAAGAUCACUCCACUGAUUUCACCUGUGCUGCUAAAAGGAUCCAUGUGAGCAAUUUCCAGCCACAGGAGUUGUUGAAUUGGAGCAAGUUGAACUCCCCACGAGUUGUUCCAUUAUAUGGUGGAGUGCGGGAGGGGGAAAUGAUCACUCUGUUUAUGCAACUGAUUCAAGGUGGAUCAGUGGCACAGCUAAUUGGAAAUAAAGGACCUCUUCCUGAAGGUGUGGCACUUUAUUACACAGGCUAUGUGCUUGAAGCCCUGGAACAUCUACACUCCCUUGGAAUUAUACAUGGAGAUGUUAAAGCUGAAAAUGUACUAAUAUCACACAGUGGUCGAGAGGCCUACCUCUGUGACUUUGGCCAUUCAACACAAUUAACACCAAAGGAAAAGAACACAUCAAAUGCAGGCAGUCACUGCAUGGGUACAGUGACGCAUAUGGCACCAGAAGUGGUUGAAGGCAAUGGCUUUGGUGUCAAGGUGGAUAGCUGGAGUGUUGCUUGUAUGAUGCUGCACAUGUUAAAUGGCCAUCACCCCUGGAGGAAUCUAUCAACACAACUGCUACUUCAGAUUGUGAAACUGGACCCUCCAGUGAAUGAAAUACCACCCACAUGCAGCCCCCUCACAGCUAAUGUGAUCAGGGCUGGUUUAGUGAAAGACCAAAGGGAAAGAGCUACAGCAUCUGAAUUGCGUGCAGCAGUGAACAGAGCUUUGACAUCAUUAAGACAACGAAAUAAGGCAACUCCUCAGAGUAAUCAUGUUCAGAAAGUGAGUUGUGCUGCCAAGUCGGAGGAUGGCCACAAUAAGAGUGUAGUGACCCCAGUCCAUGUACAUCACAAUGCUGUAUCGGACACCAAGAAAGGCUGGCCACCUCUUCGAUCAGAAACUGUGUCAACGGCUGUGGACUCGAACAUGCACCAACCUUGCCUCCCGAAGAAAGAGCCACUCAAUGUGAACACGGUCAGACCUCUAACUGAAAAAAAAUCACCACAAACCUACCGAAGAAAACCAAAAAAUGGCAUCAAAUUGGCCUGUAACUUUGACCAGUUGCAUUUGCAAGAUGAUGAUAUUCAUUUCCCAGAAGCGACAAAACCUUUCAGUGAUGAGAAGAUUUUAUCUAUUCCUUCACCACUGAUGUCGCUGUCUUCAUUUCAGAACAAUGAAACGGAGAAGAAACUUGUAGAGGAAUAUGGGAACCUGCAAAAAGAUUUUUUACUUUAUAACCUAUCCCAAGUAUUCCCUGAACAGUUGGAGGAUCACAUGCUGGAUGUAUUAAGCAGCGAUGCAUAUAGCAUAAUGGAUGACUACGACAAGGAUUCCCAAAAAGGAAUGCCCAGUCUAAGUGGCAACUACAGUUCUGGAAUUCACUCAAUGUCAUGGAACAGUCAUACAGAUGGACUUAGCACCAGCUUUAGCCUCAGUCAACGACUAGAUCAUCAGCAAGAUAUGCCAAGCCUCUUUAAUGGAGUUGAGGCCAGAAUACACACAUUCAGUGGCGAGUGUCUGAUUGUCCAUGAUGUGCGUAGAGCUACAGUUGGCCAGGUGGCCACAGGAAUCAGUAAUCUGAUCCAGGUCGCAAGUUACUCUCUGGUGAAGCAAAAUGGAUAUCCUAUUUCUCCUGACUUUGAAAUCCCAGAUUCUGGAAUUGAUCUAAAAUGCACUCCUGCUUCCAAUUCUAGCAGCUCCUGGACAUGGAGAAUUAAGGAUGGAAACCUUAAUUUCAAAUCUUGAAGCUUAUUAUUUAAAUCUUCAGGAUCCUGGGAUUAUAGAUUAUUUUUCUCAUUUCAAUUACUUAAAGCUCAGCUUACUUCAACUAGAUCGGGCACCAAAACUACUAGAUAGAUCAAACAAUAAGAACAUUUCAAUUGAAUUAUCUGGUUAUGUGCUAAGUUUCCAGUUUGAUGACCAUUACAUUGUCUUGUUUGAAUUAAUAGAUGAUAAAUAGAACUAUUAAAUGAAUCUGCCCUGUUACCUUAAUACCUAUAAUUGUAUUUGUCUGGGCUGGUCAAUGUCAAAGAGCCGAAUGAUUUCAUGGAGGUGAAUGGAACUAUAUUACCUUAGUAGGGAAAAUGACAUAGCAGUUAUUGUCAUGCAAGUCGCCAAAUUAAAUUAAACAGAGAUUGAAUUCCCAGAAGACAGACACAAAAAUCUGGAGUUACUGAGUGGGUCAGACAGCAUCUCUGGAGAAAAGAAAUAGGUGAUGUUUCGAGUCGAGACCCUUUAAUUUCCACGAUGAGUCUUCCUCUUAUGAGGGGGUUUGAUAGACUUUCUAUGGAGAAGUUUGCCACUUGUGGCAAGGGAAGAAAUGAAGAUAGCAGGAGAGGCUGAGAACCAGAUGAUAUAGAUUUAUGGUACAUAGAACAGUAUAGCACAGGGACAGGCCCCACAGGGCACAAUAUAUGGGCUGAGCAUAAUGCUGACAAACUCUUAGCCUGCACAUAAUCCAUAUCCUUCCAAUUCCUGUAUAUCCAUGUGCCUAUCCAAAAACCUCUUAAAUGCCAAACAUAUCUGCCUCUGACAACAUCGUUGAAAUGAGAACUAUUUCAUGCAGAAAGUUGUUCUGCCUGAAUAAAUGGCAAAAGCUGAUUCAGUUAUAACUUUCAAAGGCAAAUGAACAGGAUAUUUGAAGAGGAAACACAAUUUGAAGUACUACUCGAAAUAUGGGUGGUGGGUCUAAUUGAAAAGUUCCUACUGAGAAUUGCAAGGGGUACCACGGGGUGAAUAGCCUCUUUCCAAGUUUUAUAAAUGCACGUACAUCUCCAGUAAUUUCAGCAGAAGAUAAUAGAUGCUUUGUAUAAAAAUAAGUUGCACCAAUUCUCCUCCCAACUCUUUUCUAAUGUUGAUGUGCCUUAAGCUGGUUCAUGGCACAGUUCUGUGGGAUCCCUUGAUGUUCAAGAGCAAAACCAUUGGCCGCCAUGCAGAGUUGGCUGUCCUGUUGAAAGUUAAUUCAAUCCCAUGUGGUGUCAGAGUAAUACGCUUCAUUUUUUUUGUGAGAAGCAUGUUUUAUUGUUGGCUGAGUUGCAAGCAGGCAACAAUGAGGUGCUAACAUGGUGGAAUUGUCCUGAUUUCUGCCGACCCAAAGGUGGAACUAUAAAUAUUUUUAGGAACUUGAAACCAGAGCAGCACAUGGAUAGGAGAAGUUAAAAUAUAUUUCAUUAUAAGAGAACAAAGUAAUAAGCCAUCAGAUUUUUGAUAUUUAUAGUCUGAAAUGAAACUAAUGGAAUUCAUUUCUCUUCAUGGUGAUGGAUUUCACUGAAAUACUCCAAAAUGUAGUUUUGGUGGAGUGCAGUGGGAAUGGGGUGAGUUGCAAGAGUUUUUCUCCUGCAUAUUCUCUGUGAUUUAAUUUGAUCUUCCGUUGUUCAAUAAUCUGCCCAUUUUUUACUGAAUUUACUGGUUUAUUGCUGAAUUCUGAAAUUACUUUUACCCAAGUGCAUUUUGCUAUCUAUUCGUACUCUUAGUUUUAUUUCAUAAUUAACAUGGUAAUAUAAUUUGGAUGCUAAUUUAAGUAAGGAUGUAUGAAUAACAAUAUGAAACCUUGCUAUGGGUUUCGUGACCUGUUGGUAGGAUAUUUUUAUUCACUGAAGUUUUAACUAAUUACAGGAAUAAUGUGUAAUUUGUCUUUACUUUGUCAAAAUGUAAUUGUUAAACUGCAAGACAAUUAGACACUAGGACUUGAACCAAAAUGUAUUUGCAUGCUUUAGCUUGCAAGGCUUGAGAGAGAGGAACUGAACUGAUGAACUGAAAUUGAAGGGUUGCUCCGUAUAUUUGUGGUGCAAUGUGACAGAAAAUGUUCGGGUCUUUCAAAUCGGCGAUGCUGAAUUCUGCUCAAUGUCGCUAAUGGUUUGGGUAAAGCAGUACUGGCUCAUCCAGGACUGGUGGAUGUUCAUAAUUAACACAUCCCUUGCAACUAUGUAUCACUAGGAGUGAAAAUCUGUGUUAUUGCAAUUGAGUUCAUGCUCUGGUUUGGUAAAUGGGGCAUUUAUUUAGUAAUAUAGUUUUUUCACACACGCACGCGCGCGCGCGCACACACAUCUCUUUCUCAGGUGCAGAGUACUAUCUUGAAGUAACUUUUAUUCUGAAGCAGUAUCUUUAGUGUGCUAAAGGAAACAAAAUAUAUGACAUACCGAGUAAUGUUUUGUCAAGUCAAAACUUUACUAUGGAGGCUGGAGAUAGUGCAGGCAGUUGAGAAAGUGCUGUGGAGUGAUACAAAUUUGUUGUUAGAAUAAGGCAGCAAAUUUCCCUAUGGGCUUCUUUACAGCCGGACUGAUACUUGGCUGGUAGUCACCAUAGUUGGCAUAUGGACAUAGAAACAUAGAAAAUAGGUGCAGGAGGAGGCCAUUUGGCCCUUCGAGCCAGCACCGACAUUCAUUGUGAUCAUGGCUGAUCGUCCCCUAUCAAUAACCUGUGCCUGCCUUCUCCCCAUAUCCCUUGACCGCUAGCCCCUAGUUCCUCUUAACUUGGGUGUAAUUUCAAAUUUUCAUCCAAGAUCAGUUUUAUCCAAGGUUACUAAUGAUUAGUAAAUAAGUAAUUUGAGGUCUACACCAUCCCAUUGAUAUUCAUUAAAAUGCUUAUGGUAAUACUACUUGGAAUGUCUUUCCAUAUUUGUAAUUAAAUCUGCCAAACAUACACUACUGCUGUCACAUUUGGAAACCCUGAUCCACGUCAAUUUUUUAAGAAAUGUAUCUUAAAAUGAUUAUGUUUCCGACGAAUGUAUAUUUUUUAAUAACUAUGGCUGUAAAAGCACAAUGUACUUUUAUCUAGUAAAAAUCUGUAAAUUUACCAUUUCAUUUAUGAAUAAAUGAGACCGUGAAAUGAAUGUAUUUUGAACUUUUAUGCUGUUCUUUCUUCUGGAAGAUUUUUGUGCAAUUGUACUGCAAUGUAAAUUGCAUGUUACACAAAAGUAAUAAAGUAUUUCUUAAGUGA